UCAAAAUAUCAGGUUACGCAUGGGCUCUGUGCAGUUAGCAGGCUACACGGUGGAGCGCAGCAAUGAGCACAAUAGUUUCUAAAGAGUGCAGGAUGAGUAAUGGGGUGAAUGGUCAUCACAACAGUUCGGAGGGUGAGCUGUUCCUCUCCGAGGCUUUCAAAGUGAUCUUGGAGGAGGCGGUCCACAAGGCCACAGAUGUGAAGGAGAAGGUGUGUGAAUGGAAGGAUCCAGAGGAGCUGAGGGUUCUGAUGGACCUGGAGUUGGGAGACCAUGGAGAAUCUCACCAGCAGCUGCUGCAGAGAGUCCGCGAUAUCGCCAGAUACAGUGUCAAAACAAAUCACCCUCGCUUCUUCAAUCAGCUGUUUGCUGGAGUGGAUUACCACUCCCUGACCGGGCGUUUCCUUACGGAGGCACUCAACACCAGCCAGUACACCUACGAAGUGGCUCCAGUGUUUGUGCUAAUGGAGGAUGUGGUUCUACGCAAACUACGCUCUUUGGUGGGCUGGUCAGAGGGGGAUGGAAUCUUCUGCCCUGGAGGCUCUGUGUCUAACAUGUAUGCCAUGAAUGUGGCCCGCUACUGGGCUUUCCCGCAAGUCAAAACACAGGGCCUGUGGACUGUCCCACGCCUGGCUGUGUUUACUUCACAGGAGAGUCACUACUCGAUGAAAAAGUCUGCUGCGUUCCUUGGCAUUGGGACGGAGAACGUUUACCACGUGAAAGUGGAUGAAAGUGGCAGAAUGAUCCCAGAGGACCUUGAAGCUAAAAUUGUUCAUGCCAAAUCACAAGGUGCGGUGCCAUUCUUUGUCAAUGCCACAGCUGGUACCACUGUGCAGGGUGCCUUUGACCCCCUGGACCGCAUAGCUGACAUCAGCGAGAGGAAUGGCAUAUGGAUGCAUGUGGAUGCCGCUUGGGGAGGAAGCGUUGUGUUUUCCAAGAAACACAAACAUCUGAUUGCAGGAAUGGAAAGGGCAAACUCUUGCACCUGGAAUCCACAUAAAAUGCUGAUGGCUGGACUUCAGUGCUCUGUUUUUCUGAUGAGAGACACAACGAACCUGCUGAUGCACUGUCACUGUGCCAAUGCUACAUACUUGUUCCAGCAAGACAAGUUCUAUGACAUGAGCCUGGACACUGGGGACAAGUCCAUCCAGUGUGGGCGCAAAGUGGACUGUCUGAAACUGUGGCUCAUGUGGAAGGCAAUAGGUGCUCAGGGCCUAGCCAACCGUGUUGACAUUGCUUUUGCCAGCACAAGGUAUUUUGUUGAGGAGCUGAAGAAAAGAGAAGGGUUUCAGGUUGUCUCUGAGCCUCAGUUCGUGAAUGUAUGCUUUUGGUUUAUACCACCCAGCCUGAGAGGGAAGGAAAACAGUCCUGACUACCAGGAGAAACUGGCAAAGGUGGCACCAGUUAUCAAGGAACGCAUGGUGAAGAAGGGCUCAAUGAUGGUGGGUUAUCAGCCUCUGGACGGUCGGGUUAACUUUUUCCGCAUGGUCAUUCUUUCACCCCAGCUGAACCACAGUGACUUGGAUUUCUUUCUCGAUGAAGUAGAGAGGCUCGGCAAUGACCUGUAACUGAGCUGGGCCGUGGGUGAUACUGGUCAUUCAUUCUUCAACAUCCUUUAAUUCUGCGCUAUAUAUGUAUGUCAUGUAGUAGAUUUAUGCGUGUUACUCCUUGGUGGAACGAAAGCUUGGACCCACACUGUCCUUCUGUUGAUAAGAUCAGGCACCACUUAGUAAUAACUACUAAGUGAAGGCUGUGAUGCUACAGAAGGAAGCUGGUGCUACUUGUGCUCACUGAUCCACCCUGUGUUCAGCUUUUUUUUUCUGUGCCAGUAUUUUCCAAUCUGUGUCUCUAUCUUUUGAAUCUGUACUAUUUUCCUGUCCUGCUCUGUACAUUAAUUUUUUUAUUGUUUUUUUUUUUUUUUUUAGCCAGCUCUGUUUCUACCAUAUUCUGGUUCAAUCUACAUUAUGUGAUGUGUAGGUUUAGACUAGACUUGUUUUUUAGACUUAUAUCAAUCAUUCUUUAAUGUUUCCUUUUUUCCAUCCACACUCUUUUUGCUCUUCUUUUUGCUCUUCCAUCCAUACUCUACGCAUUUUAUUCUAUUUCAUCCAUCCAUUACUAUAGGUCUUAUGAAAAAUAAAAUGUAGCAUCAGAUAAGUUUAUAGAAACUUUGUAAGACUUUGCUCCAGAAAGAUAAAGUGGAGCUUUACUUUGUCAUUAGAGCUUUGUUUGGUCAGGAAAACUAAAGUUGUGCUUGAUCGUGCUAGCGUUGCACUGGUCAGUCUUAAUGAAGACGGAUUCUUUAGUACUAGAGUAGAGAAUUAGACAAGGCCCUGAACUGAUCACUUCUGCUAGGCCUCAACAAAAAUGGGUUCUAGCUACUAGAACUUUAGACCCACUAUAAAGUGUUACAUACGUCCAAGAUGGUGCCUUAUAAACAUUAGGUUUUGAUAUGUAAAAGCGCAUACUUGAUAACUGAGUCCUUCCAUUUUUUACUUACUUUCUUUACUGUCCUCCAGGCUACUUUUAUUCUUACAGUAAUCACAGCAAUAUUUGUGCUAGUGAGAAACACAGGGGGCAUAAAAUGCUACUGAUCUAAUUGUUUAGGCUGAGACAUCAUGCCUGUGAACAAGACAAUUUGUUACUUUUAAUUUUUUAAUACACUGUAAUUACAAUGUCAACAUGUCGUACUGUCAAUAAAAUAAUUUGUAAAUCA